AUGCUUUUGAUGACAAACUCUAUGCUGCUACCUAUUGGAUUCUCAAUCGAACGACUGUAUGCUUUAAAAAAUGCGGAAAACUACGAAAGAGAGAAAGUCUUCUUGGGACCGAUACUUGUUAUUAUUCUGGUUGCGCUGGAUUUUCUAUUCAUUGGCUUGAUAUAUUUUUACGAGAAUUUCACUGGUCCUUUUAUUUCCCUUAUUUUGGUCCGAUCAACAUCCGCUUUCCAAUUCAACAUCUACUUUUAUUGUCUCCUCGGGGUCCAAAUAUUCAACUUGAUCUGUAACAUUCUCAUUUUGGUGUUCCACUCUAAAAAACACAAAAAAUCUCAACAAAAAACAAAUACUAUUUCAUUCUCAGUGAUUUUGUUCCAGCAAGACAAGAAACGGUCUUCUAAAGUGGCUUCGAAUAUUGCGAUGGUGUCGACAGGGCAAGAAGGAGCUCUGAACUACGAGAAUGUUACUCGCAACAUCUGGGAGAGUGCUGGCAACUGA